UAUAGGUAGUAACCGUAACCCUACACUCCUACACAAGUACAUACCUACAUGGCAGAUUCCAUGCCAAGCUGUCGAAUAAGCGUUCAGAUAAUCGAAAAAGCUUGACAUCUCGGCUCCACUCAGUCAGGGGGGUCCUAGUCUUUGCAUACUAACCUGUCUAGGCACUUGCGCGGGUGAUGGCAUCGUGGACAGCCGUGGAGAAAGUUGGGGAAGCUGGGGAUAGCUAGCUUGGCCAUCGUUCUUCUAAGGACUAGGAAGCUAAGCUAAAAAUUAGCUACCCAUGUGGGUGGGUUGGUGGGAGAUCCCAAGAAGGCAUAAUGUCCGGAACACUCUCCUCAUGCCGCACGGGGAGCAAAUUCCAUGUGAUAUCAAGUGGACGUGAGAUCGAGGUUGGAGACUUGGUUGUCCAUAUCAUCGACCGUCCCACCUCGCUCGAUCCGUCUUAUACUCCCAUGGUCAAGCUGCACCGAAGCUUCAACCCCGAGAGAAAGAGAACGACACCGCGGGAGCACCUUCAACAACUACCUCCUCCUCAAUCUUCGCCAUGUUUUUCUUUAAAUUCCUCAUAGUUGCUUUGGCGCCGGCAACUCUCAUUGCUGAGAGCGCGCCAAGGACGGCAUCGUCACCGGAACUAGACCUUGAUGCAUUGCUUGCAAGACACAACUUAGCAUUGGUUCCUCGAUCAGACCUUACAGAUGCCUUGACUGAGCUCAAUGGUCUCCUCAGAAAAAACAAAGCCCAGCAGCAAAAGGUUCCUCUGUAUCCACGGCAAAGCAACAAUGACACCAACUCUGGCUCAAGCUCGAGUUCAGGCUCUAGCUCAAGCGGCGGCCUUGAUCUUGGCGAAAUUUCGGGACUUGGUGAUCUAGGUUCGAUUCUUGAAAGUUUGACGAAGCUCGUCACACAACUAGGUGACAUCGGAGGUUAUCUCUCGGCCCUUCAGCAGUUGUUGAGCGAUGAGUUCUUGCAGGCCCUGCACGACGCCAUGGUGUAUCUGGCUGACACACUUCGUCCUCCCAUCCCAUCCAUCACCAGAAACAUUCUCACCAAGACGGAGCCUUUGCUCGACUUGAUCGGGUCUUUGGACCUGGAGGGUAUCAUAGAUGAGAUCAAGGGCAUUGACUUGAAAGGCAUUCUUAAUGCUCUAUCUCCUCUACUGCAGCCUGAUGCCAUCAAGAGCGUCGUGAACCUGCUGAACAAUGCUGGGGAACUUCUGACAGCAGACACCGUCAAGGCGCUGAAGUCAUUGCUUGCCAGCGCACAGCCCCUCAUCGACAGCCUGGGAGACCUUGACCUUAAGGGAAUUCUCGAUGCUUUUGCGCCAUUACUCACGGCGGACUCCGUACAGGGAAUAGUUGGUCUGCUAGGGAAUGCCGAAAAGCUCCUCACGUCAGAUUUCGUCGACCAGACCAAAUCUCUAAUUUCUGGAGCCGGUCCUCUCCUAGCUAGCCUCGGCAAGAUUGAUCUGGAAGGAUUAAUCGAUCAGAUAUCCCCUAUUCUGAACGAGCUCGGCCAACUUGACCUCAAGGGUCUGUUUGACUCCCUCAGCCCAUUGCUCACGUCAGAUUCUAUUAAGGGGAUCAUUGGGCUUCUCGGAAACGCAGAAAAUCUCCUUACUGGCGACUUUGUGGAUCAAACCAAGUCCCUAAUCUCAGGGGCAGGGCCUCUCCUGGAUAGUCUCAAGGACAUUGAUCUAAAAGGCCUUCUAGACAAGGUCGCGCCGCUCCUUGACAGCCUCAGCAAGAUCGACCUUCAAGGGCUCCUCGCGGCUGUUGAGCCAUUACUGACGCCUGAUUCGGUUAAGGGAAUCGUUGGACUCUUGGGCAACGCCGAAGACCUGCUGACAGCUGAUUUCGUUGACGAAACUAAGACGUUGAUAUCCGGUGCCGUCCCCUUACUAUCCGCCCUAGGUCAGAUCGACUUGGACAGCCUUAUCAAACAGAUAAAGCCCCUGCUGGAUACUUUGAGCCAGAUUGAUAUUGCCGGCCUCAUCAAGAAGGUAGAGCCUAUCUUAGACGCGGUUAGCCAGAUCGACAUCGCCGGUCUAGUCAAGCAACUCACGCCGAUCUUGAAUGCGGUGGGCAAGAUUGAUCUAAGUGCCCUUGUCGACCAAAUAGAGCCCAUCCUGAACGCUGUUAGCCAAAUCGACAUUGCAGGCUUGGUCAAACAAAUCACGCCAAUUCUAAACGCCUUAGGGAAGAUUGAUUUGACUGGUCUUGUGGAUCAAAUAGAGCCGAUCUUGAAUGCCGUUAGCCAGGUUGACAUUGCAGGUUUGGUCAAGCAGAUCACUCCAAUCUUGAACUCCCUAAGUGAGAUCGACAUCGAAGGGUUGGUCAAACAACUUACCCCUAUUUUGAACGCCGUGGGAAGCAUCGAUCUAAAGGGUAUCUUCGAUGCCCUCUCACCACUGCUCACGCCAGACUCGGUAACUGGCCUGACGGGUCUGGUUGGUAACGCCGAGAAGCUCCUCACCAGCGACUUCGUCAAUGAAACCCAUACUAUCAUUGACGGCGCAGCGCCGUUGGUAGGAGUCCUAGGAGAAAUUGACAUCAAGGGCCUUCUGGACCAGGUCAAGCCGCUUCUCAGCAUGUUAGGCGACAUCGACUUUGCUGGUCUCAUCAAGGCUGUCAAGCCCCUUCUCAAUUCCUUGGACAAGAUUGAUGUCCAAGGAAUCGUCGAACAAAUCACACCUCUAAUCACGCCCACUUCGGUGAAGGGCAUAAUGGAUCUGCUGGGUAAUGCAGAGAGCCUUCUGACGGCUGCGUUCGUCUCGCAAACCACGGAGUUGAUAGGCGAUGCCACACCUAUCGUUGCAACGCUGUCAGACUUUGUUAAUGCAAUCCUUCAAGCAAUGCUUGGGAAUAAUGACGGAUGAGGUCAUGGUUGACCUCAAAAUCAUAUUAAUGAAGGGAAAGAGACACGGACAACCUACGAUGAAUGGUAUGCAUAGUUAAUGAGUAAUAAUGAAUCCUAAUGAAUACCCGUGGCCAAUGAGCCAUAUAGUAUUGCAGCUGAAUACUGUCGGUGACCUGCAGCAAGCUAGCACAUAGGUACCUAAUGAAUAGAGACACCCGAUAGGUGGCCAAGGCUCGAUCAGCUCGGACUUAGGACGGCGGAUAGGUAUGGAUAUUCCCCCUGAUCCACUAGCUACCGGGAUGGAUGUUG